AGGAGGGCCCUGCCUCUAAAAUGAGUCUCUCUGGGGAGAGAGAGGAGGGGGCCCCUGCCUCUAAAAUGCAUCUCUCUGGGGGACAUGACACCAAAGCUAAGAGACCAAUCCAGCAGGAGAGACCAGCCUCCCCUGUUCCCAGCUGUGUGUCCAUGAAGAGUGACCGGUCUAUGGAUCAACCUCUAUACUUUAGAAAGGGAGACUUUUCUACUGAACAAAGAAAGCAACAGGAGAGAUCAGAGUCAGAGAUUCUCCGUGGUCAGUCUUCCCAGAGUCAUCAAACAGACCUGGCCUCCAUAUUCAGUUUGCUUGAAGAGAAUAUGAUGACAUUUGUGAAGAACGAGCUGAAGAUGUUCAAGAGGAUUCUUAGUCCAGAACUCCCAGAAGGCUUUGAGAGUCAGAAGCAGGAUAAGGAAGUGGUGGAUGCUGAAGAUGAGAAGCAGGAGAGCAGUGCCAGAGAGGGGGCUCUGAAGAUCACACUGCACAUCCUGAGGAAAAUGAACCAGAUGGAGCUUGCUGACACACUGGAGAAAUAUUCAGAUGAUCCUGCUGUGAUUUGCCAACGUGAACUCAAAUCUAAUCUGAAGAAGAAGUUUCAAUGUGUAUUUGAGGGGAUCGCUAAACAAGGAAACCCAACACUUCUCAAUAAGAUCUACACAGAGCUCUACAUCACAGAGGGUGGAACAGGAGAGGUCAAUAAUGAACACGAGCUGAGACAGAUUGAGACAACAACCAGGAAACAAGCAAGACCAGAGACUGCAAUCAAAUGUAACAACAUCUUCAAACCCUUAACUGGACAAGACAAACAUUUCAGAACUGUGCUGACAAAGGGAGUCGCUGGCAUUGGAAAAACAGUCUCUGUGCAGAAGUUCAUUCUGGACUGGGCUGAAGGAAAAGCAAAUCAGGAUGUCCAAUUUGUAUUUUCAUUCCCUUUUCGGGAGCUGAAUUUGAUGAAAGGUGAAAAUCUCACUUUCAUUGAACUUCUCAAUCACUUCUCAAUGGAAACCAAACAAUCAAGAAUCUCCAAAUACGACAAGUACAAAGUUAUUUUCAUCUUUGAUGGUCUGGAUGAGUGCCGACUGCCCCUAGACUUCCAGAAGAAUAAGAUCUGUUGGGACGUCACAGAGUCAACCUCAGUGGAUGUUCUGCUGACAAAUCUCAUCAAGGGAAAUCUGCUUCCCUCUGCUCUCCUCUGGAUAACUACCCGACCUGCAGCAGCCAAUAAGAUCCCUUCAAGGUGUGUUGACCAGGUGACAGAGGUACGAGGGUUCAAUGACCCACAGAAGGAGGAGUACUUCAGGAAGAGAUUCAGUGAUGAGGACCUGGCCAGCAGAAUCAUCUCACACAUAAAGACAUCAAGGAGCCUCCACAUCAUGUGCCACAUUCCAGUCUUCUGUUGGAUUUCUGCAACAAUCCUUGAACACAUGCUGAAACAUAAGAGAGAAGAGAUGCCCAAGACUCUGACUGAGAUGUACACACACCUUGUGGUGUUUCACACCAAACAGAAGAAUGAAAAGUAUCUUGGGGAAGAAGAGACAGGUCCACACUGGAAUAAAGAGAGCAUUCUGUCACUGGGAAAACUGGCUUUUCAACAGCUUGUGAAGGGCAAUCUGAUUUUCUAUGAAGAAGACCUGAAAGAGGCUGGCAUUGAUGUCAAUGAAGCCUCAGUGUACUCAGGAUUGUGCACACAGCUCUUUAAAGAGGAAUGUGGGCUGUACCAGGACAAGGUGUACUGCUUUGUUCAUCUGAGCAUUCAGGAGUUUCUGGCUGCUGUAUAUGUGUUCCUCUCAUUCAUCAACAACAAUGAGAAUCUUAUGGACAAACUGCAAACAAAGUCCAGGAUCUUUUCUUCGCUGUUCAGAGACGAGCCUGAAGUCAAUGUCUACAAGAGUGCUGUGGAUAAAGCCUUACAAAGUGAGACAGGAAACCUGGACCUUUUCCUCCGCUUCCUUCUGGGCCUCUCACUGGAGUCCAAUCAGAAGUACUUUCGAGGUCUGCUGACAAAGACAAGAAGCAGCUCACAGACCCAUGAAGAAACAGUCAAGUACAUCAAGGAGAAGAUCAGGGAGAAUCCCUCUCCAGAGAGGAGCAUCAAUCUGUUCCACUGUCUGAAUGAACUGAAUGACCAUUCUCUAGUGGAGGAGAUCCAAAGAUACCUGAGAUCAGGAAGUCUCUCUAGAGCCAAACUGUCACCUGCCCAGUGGUCAGCUCUGGUCUUUGUGUUGCUGACUUCAGAAAAGGAGCUGGAUGUGUUUGACCUGAAGAAAUACUCCAGAUCAGAGGAAGGUCUUCUGAUGCUGCUGCCAGUGGUCAAAGCCUCCAGAGCUGUUCUGCUGUCAGGCUGUGGAGUCACAGAGGAAGGCUGUGCUUCUCUGGUCUCAGCUCUGGAUUCAAACCCCUCACACCUGAGAGAGCUGGAUCUGAGUAACAAUGACCUGAAGGAUUCAGGAGUGAAGCUGCUCUCUGCUGGCCUGGGGAAUCCCCACUGUAAACUGGAGACUCUGAGGGGAGGGUCUGCGUGUGCGUCUGACCGCCGUGGCGGCUCUGGCGCGGGACGUGUAACCAACUCCACCAUAGUUUUUGUCGGCCUCUUCACCUGCCUCCGUGGCCUCUUUAGAGUGGAGACCCUCGCCGCCGACCUCGGAGAUUCCGGCAGCAGCGGACAGAUGAACGAGAGAUUCCGGCAGCACCGGACAGGCGGGAGACACCGGCAGCUCCUGCCUGACGGACGGCUCUAG